AUGCUACACACAUUCCAUGGCUACGGUAUCCGAGACCAGAUGAAUUCUGAGACAAUGCAAGGCCCUUUCAAUGUAGUACAAUUGACAGAUGAUGCAUGUAUAGUUUCUGCAUCACAGAUAAUGGCAGGAUCUAAGGCUGCCACUGAUGACGGUCCGCCUACUGAAUUGGCUCACCCCUUUUACCCGCUGCCCGACUGCUACCGACCUGUGCUCCUGCUCCUGCUGCUUGCUGCUCGCUGCUGCUGCUGCUACGUACUACCGGCCCAUCCGAACUUGCCUAUCGUUUUUGUUCCCUUGUCCCGUCUCGCUGAAUCUGAUUCUCGACUCGUGAGGCGCGCCUCUGAUCACUCCACGCCCGUCCCCAUUCCUGCCUUUCCCAACCCCGUGUGCCUCUCCACCUUUCCAGAAGGAGACGCCCCCUCCCUUCCCUUGGGAAGCAAAAAGGAAUCUAGAAAUCCAAAAUUAAUCGGCUCGAAUAAAAUACCAGAUUUUCAGCUUUUAAGUCCAGCCUGUUGUUUGUCAUUUUCACAAAUCCACUUUGAAACCCCCAUACUUCCCAGGUCGCCUUGCGAUUUGCUGAUCGGUCUUCUGCCACUCAGUGCCGCUCGCAGCGCCGCUGCGAAUCCUCACUUGAUUUUCUGCCCUUUUUGCGGUACCAGCGACCUUCUAUGGUCCCGUGACCUGCUCGAUCUCCUCGCAAUCUCUCCCUCCGGCCUUCCAACCACUGCUAUUCGGGACCGGCCUCCAUCCGCUUGUGAGUCGGCAUUUUUAGUUGUCCAGCCUUGUCGACCCUCUUCCACCUUACACACCUGGGAGAUUGUGUCAUUUACCCCUAAAAAACAAGCUCGUGAUGAUUAUGGGUUGGUAAAACCACUCGACAUGAAUGCCUCCUGGCUAGCCGACGCCUCGAACCUUCCGAACCAUGACAAUGGUGCUUUUCACCAAGCGACCAUUGAUCCUUCUGCGGCAUUCCUCCAUACCUCUCCUACUCCCGACCCUACCCAGUUCCAGCGCAUGUUCAAUGGCGUACCGCGAAAUGCCUCCCCUGGCUUCCACAACCCGAACCAGGUGAUUCCGUCAAAAAGGCCGCGACCGGAGGAUGCCAUGUCGAUGUCGCCUCGACAGGCUCCCGGGGCUAUCGCGGCAUCCCGGUCUCAGACUCCUCACCAGGUGCCAUUCCCAGGGUACCAAGGAGCUGCAAAUGGCGCACCUCAAUAUCCUCCGCAUCCCACUCCGUAUCAGCACCUCCAGCAAGGAGCUUCUCCGAACGUCACCCAAUCUCCGAUCAUGCAGGAAUUCGACCAACACGGUGUACAACGUAUGGGAACAGCUUCGCCCAGCCCGUUCUCCCCAGCCGGCCCUCAAGUAGGCUCCCACAUGUCUCCGUCACAGUCCGAUCAUCCGAGUAGGGUGAACACGCCGCAAAACAGCUCAUUUAUGCCCAAUCAACCGUACCCUCAGGCCAUGGCGCCCCAGUUCCCGCCCGCGCCUGCAAUGACUACUGCCGCUGUGCAGGCGCCGAUGCAAGCACAUUACGGUGGUAUGCCUCAGGGGUAUCAGCAGGCCAUAGCUGCCCAGCAGCAACAGCAGCGAAUGCAUGCCAUGCAGAUGCAAAACCAGGGUCGCCCAAUGGCGAUGAAUCCCGCCAUGGCCGGGCGACCCGUGGCAGCUGGGAUGAACGCGAUGGCCAAUCCUCAACAAAUGGCCGCCAUCAGGCAGAUGCAACAGACUAUGGCAAAACCGCCUAAUCCGGAAGGGUUCAUGAGGUCACUGCAGAAGUUCAUGAUGUCGCGCAACCUUCCCCUCGAUCCUAGUCCCGUUGUUUGCGGUCGCCCGAUUAACCUGGUCCAGCUUUAUGCUACGGUCAUGAAGCUCGGAGGAUCAAAGAAGAUAACGGCUGCGAAUAUGUGGCAUGUCAUUGCACAGCAACUGCAGUUCCCGCCGAUGCAGCUGCCGAUGGCCAUGCAGGAGCUUAGGGAGCAUUAUCAGCGGAACCUAGCUGCGUACGAGCAGGCCUUCCUCAGCACCCAGCAGAAGCAAUUUGCGGAGCAGAUGCAGCAAACCGCGGUGCCACGCCAGCCCAGUGAUCCAUCUGCCAUGCAGUUCCAGACUCCGGCCGUUAAACCGGGCCAGGGGUAUGACAAUGCGCAGCAGAUGGGACACCCUUCGCCAAGUCCCGCGUCUGUAUCGAGUAGCGUACAACAUAACGCUUCGAAUGGUUUCGCGACGCCUACACCUGUUAAAACUCAGGGCAAACCGCAAAAUCAGCACCGUCUCAGUAUUUCCCGCCAGUCACAACCUCCAGCAACGCCAAAUGAUCCCACUGGCCAAUUACCGAGUCAAUCGCCUGCGCAGCCGGGUAAAGCCCCAGGCCCCGUCCCCGUGAAGCCUUCAGAACAGCUGGACCAGUCGGAUCAGCCAUUGAAGUACCAAAUUGAGGAUCCUUACAAACCCAUGGUCUUGCCAGAAAGCAGCUUCCAUGGACCUAUAGCCAUUGAUGAAAUGUAUCAGAUCGGGGAGGAUAUUUCUCGGCUGAAGCCUAAUGUCCCCAGUUUUGCUGAGCUGGGUGUAAUUGAUAUCCACGCUCUCACAAUGAGCAUCAAAUCCGGGAUCCAUGCUGAAAUGCGCAUGGCCUUGGAUACGCUUACAUCCAUAUCUUCAGAGCCGGCGAUUCAAAUAUCGUUAGAUAAUUGCGACGAUCUGGUGGAGAGCUUAAUAGAAUGCGCCGAGGACCAGGCAGAGUUUCUCGCGGAACAUGCUGCAGAAGUGUCUGAUAUGAUGCUUCUAUCCUCAUAUGAAGAAGUGACUCGUGGAUGUCAAUCGGAGUGGACGUCUUUGGCGGAUGUACCAGAAUUCGGCAGCCUCGACUACGAACUAGACCGUGCCGUCGACCGACUCAUCUGCAUUACAACCAUACUACGCAAUUUUUCGUUUAUCGAGUCGAACUUUGGAAUGUUGUCUACUCCUCCGGUUGUUCAAUUCAUGUCAACUAUCAUUCGUUACCUCGGCACUCGCAAUAUGCUACUGAGAACGCAUCAAAACACAUUGGAUUUCAUGAAGGACACAGUCACUUACCUCAGCAACGUGGCUCACACCAUUCAGUUACCAAGUAAGGAAGAAGCACUUUGUCUUCUGCAUUUCCUUCUUGCUUUUGCACCAUUCCCAGGUCCUAUGAGCUCGGAGGGCAUUAUGUUCAAUUCAUACAACCCUUCUAUUCAUAAGUACACACCGGCAGCGGUUGAUAGCUUGGCCAAGCUUUUGGCACGGGAUGAGCCCAACCGGACAUUCUUCAGAGCUAUCUUUUCUGGCGAUGGCGCCUCGAUCCAGCAAGAGUUGUUGACCCGUGCCUUUGGUCUUGCCAUUUGCCCGGUCCCUGAUCAACCGCGGAAACCCUUGGCUAUAGCGGAUGCUCGGAAAGUUUUCCUCAUGCAAGGCCUAUUGGCAGCGGACAUCCUUUCAGGCUUCGCGGAUGGACCUAUUGCCAAGUCAUGGCUGGAGUCGACCGACGGGUUUGCCAUUCAUCUACUGCGACUCUCAUGCCUCCUGAGCACAGAACGAGUUCCUCCACCAAGCAACAACUCCCGCCAAUCCCAUGCCGCAAGGGGUCAAGCCGAAGCGGAGGCUGCCGCUUACAGCUCCAUAAUCAAUCGGGGUCUGGCAAUUUUGCGUCGACUAGCUGAGAAGUCAAAGCUUGCUGAUUCCAACGCCACGUUACGGUUCCCGUCGGGAAUAAUCCCAAGGAAAGAAAGCUUGCUUGGCGCACUGUUGAUGCCUAACAUAGAUCCUGGUGUGGUACGGCAAUUGAUAACUUAUGCACGACUAGCGGAAUGAAUGCGGUAACUUCUGGAACGGUUAGGGUUUUUUUUUCUGAGAUCAUUUCUAGCGCGAUGGUUAACCCGAAGGUUUCAUGUUUGGGCCACGCUUAGAACAUGCCUUGUUGAUGUUUGCUUCUGUCAUGUCUUCUACUUCCAACCUUUGAGUAAACAACUAUCUACAUCUCCGUUUUCUCCCUUUUUUGUUCUUUUUUUUCUCUUUUUUACUCUCUUACUCGAUCUCGUGUGUUAGGCGCCGGUGGGAAGAACCUUUUUUUCUUUAAUCGAGAGAGGCGUGACAAUGUGUAUCUCUGUGCUUUACCGCUGUACAAUGUUCAAUACCCUCGGGCGAC